AAACCAGGCAGGUUUGUAUCAUCCUGGUGCUCCUGGAAGUAAAUAUUUGUGCACCCCUUCACUCUUAUAGGAGUUGUACGACUUGUAUUUAUUCGUGUAACUUUUUUUUUGCACGACUGGAUGAUUUAUUUUAUUUAUGUAAAAAUCAAACAAAUCUUUAAGUGAUGAUGAACGAGCACGGGUUCUGUUAUGUAUUCAAACGGCGGAAAAGUUGUUUCUGCUGCGUUCGCGCGCGCGUGUCCGGAAUGAAAUGCGGCUCGCGCGUGUCGGUGUUCGGGCGCGCGGGUAACAGGUGCAGCGCGCGCUCCUAGUAGUACAUCACUUUUUCCUCUCCGGACAUUUUAUUUAUUUUUUUAUUUUUUUAUUUUUUGGGGGGAAGUGCCGAUGGGUAACCAGGUCGAUAAACUCGCGCAUCUCAGUUACGCCGAGGUGCCGACCGAAGAGGACGACGGCGCGCGCAUCGGCGUGUCCUACAUCUUCUCCGCGGACGACGACGACGACGCGUCGGCGCACGACCGGACGACGCACGAGGGAGCGCCGCCGCCGCCACCGCCGCACGAGCUCGAGUGCGCGGUCUACCACACGGCCGCGUGCGUGUACGAGAGGCGCGCGCGCGACCUGUGCGCGCACGCCGCGGACGCCCUGGCGAGCCGGUGCGUUCCCGGGGACGUCCUGGAGUUCGUGGCCGCGGGACGGAGCCCGCACUGGGCGGUGUACGUCGGCGACUCCCAGGUCGUGCACCUGCACAGGGCGGAGGUGAAGCGCGGCUCGGUGGCGGACGCGGGACGCGGCAGGCGCUGCCGGAUCGUCAACCAGCUCUACAGGUACGAGCCGCUCAGCGCCGCCGCCGUGGUGCGGAACGCCACCGAGCACGUGGGCAUGAGGGAGCGCGAGCUGAGCUGGAGGAACUCGGAGUGCUUCGCCGCCUGGUGCAAGUUCGGCAGGAGGGAGUUCAAAACGGGGGGAGAGCUGCGCAUCGGGAAGCAGCCGUACAAGCUGAGACUGCUGCUCCACGGCAUGCACGUGCACGAGCUCGAGUUCCAGAGUCUGGAGGACGCGAUCAUGGAGAGGAGACGCAGGGACAGGAUGGACAAACCGGUGCUGCUGAGUGAGCCUGAGGGACAGAGGUGAAGUGGCCGUGUACAGUAGUGUGUGCUCCACGCUUUACGGACUCCAUCACCCUGUGUGUGCAACUCAAUGUUUCUGCUGAAAAGUUUUUAGUCCUGAUGGACGAAAUGCACAGAGAAAGUAAAUCCCAUAUGCCAGAAACUGAAAUCCAUCAGUGCAGGUCUUCUUUAAUGCUGCUCACUCUCAUCUCACUUCAUGUAGACCAGGAGACCAGAGAUGACUGAACCAGGCUUAUUUAGUUUCAGUCCAUUUACCUGAAAAAAAAAAAAAAAAACUAGCUUACAAAUCUGCUUAUCUGGAUAAGAUGAAUAAGUGGCGACAACAGCACUUCCCCUUUAUUACCUAACCACUGGAUGCAAUUCAACCUGAUUUGUUUGUUUGUUUUUUGUUUGUUUAGUAACGCUCAUUGUAAGCACAAACUGAUGAGACAGACCUGUUUUUAAAUGUGAUGUGAAGAGAAUAAAUUCUUACCACCCUGUCCAGAAAUUAGAGAUGGGAAAAAGAAAAAACGAAACUAAACAAAAUGAUUCAGUGAUUUAUUGUGAUUAAUUUUUUUGGGCGAUUCAUGCAUUGUCACACUGACUCCAAAUUCGAUUGAAACAUUUACAUUCGAGGUGGUGAAACUUCGCAGUUCCUCUAAUAAUGGUUAAACAUUUAGCUUUUUUCGUUGUUGGCUUUUUACAAACAGGCUACAUCAUCUAUGAGCGUCUGUGAAAACUCCCGUUCCUGAGCUGUGAUUUGAUUAUAGCUACAGAAGUAUGGUGCAUGCUUAGAAAACUGGAGCUGCAAUAAAUUUUUGUGCUUAACAGCUUUGCUAUAUGCUCUUGGUUCAGUCUGUUGCGAUACAAACUGGCCCUGGUCCAAUGAUGGUCUUACGAUGCUGCGAAAUUGCUAUGCAUUUAGUAGAACCUGUACUUUAGAUUAUCAUUAUGCUAUACACUUUAUCCCAGUUAGCCACAUGAUCACCUGGGUAAAGAACUGAUACUCUGUGGUUUGGAAAAAGGUCAUGUGGUCUAAUGAGUUCAGAUUGACCCUAUUCCAGAGCGAUGGGUGUAAGAAGGGAAGCACAAGAAGCGAUGCACGCAUCAUGCAUAGCGCCCACUGUACAAACCUCUGGAGGCAGUGUUA